AUGGUGGCCAAAGCAGCGGCAGCACGGGUCGUGCCGCCACCUUCCAGGCACGCCAAAGCAGCGGCAGCACAGGAGGAGCGCAAAGCACCGGCACCACAGCAGGAGCCCACCACACAGGCCAAAGCAGCGGCAGCAGAGGAGCCCAAAGCACGGGACCGCCGCCCAAGCUCCAGCCACAAGAACCAAUCCACCCACCACCCGGAUGGCAGGAACGACAAACAGCGCCAAAGCGCGCCCAACCAGCACCAGCCGCUGCUGCUCCACCCAGUGGCCCGGAGCGGCGGGUGGUACUCCAAAGAAACCCAGAUGGCCCAGUACUUGGCUGAGCACUCCAUGGUGGUGGAGGAGCACGGCCAUGUCCAAAGCUGUGAGCUGCCAGAAGCCAUCAAGGACAGCAUCCAGGAGGCAGUCGAGCAGCUCCAGAGCAACGAAGCUUCCCACAUGAAGCUAUCCUGCAGUGGCCAACGAGUUGUUCAUGUUCCAGCCUACCUCACCCAGCAGGAUUGGUCGUCUGUGGAAGCCGCCACAUCGAAAGACGAUCAGAUGUCCAUCAUUGCCAAGCGGCUCAGGGCCAUGGGGCUUACAUCCCUCAAAGAAAACACCACCCAUCAGGUGUUGGCCACUCUGUUGUAUGUGCAGCACAGCCAAGGGAAGCCGGAGAUGCACCCCAGAGCUGUGCAUGCCAUGGUGGAGGAUUUCUCUGCCAUCUUCCAUGGCACACCCAAGAUUGAGGGUGUGCUGGGUUUGGCAGUAUAUGCGGAGUAUCCGCAACAGAAUGGAGAAGCUGCCCGUCUGCUGACCCAGCUGGCGGAGCGAUGGAAUACUCCAAAGCCAGAGCCACAAGUCACCUUGUUGCAUCCUCGUCAGGACUUUGAGGCCCAGACAUUCCUGGAAAUCAAGAAGAAGAAGCGCCACGCCAAAGCCAAGGGCGAGCCAAAGGCAAAAGCCAAAGCGAAGGCCAAGGCCAAGGCCAAGGCCAAGGCCAAGGCCAAGGCCACUGCCAAGCCUCAGGAGACUCCCAAGGCAACAGCGACCGCCAAGGCCAAGCCGGUGCCCAAGGUCACGGCCCAGACAACUCCGCCGCACAAGCGGAAGCCACCCGUGUAUGGGUGCCCCAAGUGCCGAGGGCAUUCUCAAAGUGCUUUGGCGGCCUUCGUCCAAGCCACGAAAGAGCAGGGCCUCCCGGAAGCCAGUUCUUCCAACGACCAGCGAAAGGCACGGCAGCAGCUUCUUGAGUGCUGCCACGGCGGCCCCAUGGGACCUUUGAUCCAGCAAGCAGAACUGCCCAUCAGCGACGGUGCCACAGUGACCAUCCAUUUUGCGAAUCUUUUGGUCUAUAUCACCAGUCUUUUCCACCUGGGUGGCAGCUUCCAUGAUCUGGUCCAGAGGAAACACCAGUCCAAUCCAUCUUCGGUCGACAAGCCAUGGUCGCUGAUGCUGUACUGCGAUGAGCUGGUGCCUGGUAACGUCUUAGGUCGUGCUGAGCGCAAGCUCUGGGCGAUUUACGGCACGUUCCACGAGCUAGGCCAGGAGGCGUUGUCCCAUGAGGACGUCUGGCUUACCAUCAGCCUAGAACGCUCCACAUUCGUGGCCCAACUGCCUGGGGGGAUCGGCCAGAUUUUUGCGAAGGUCCUGGAGGCCAUAUUUUGCAGCCCCAUUGCAGAACCACGAGGCGAGGAUGUCAUUGACCAUGGGACGGCCAAAUACCACCAACUGAAGUUAACCACCGACGAUGACGUCAUCCAAUCCUACCAUCGCUUGGCCAGCGACCUCUUGAGCAUAUCCCCCAUUGUGCGGCAUUAUCUCCACACCAUCAUUAUUCCGGCGGGCGGCUGCCCCAAAGCCUGCCAGGCCUUCUUGGCCCACGCAGAUCUGCUUGACCAGGUGCACCAAGGAACCAUGUAUGGGGCCACAACCAGGGCCAGCCUGCUGCCAGCUGCGGAGUUUGCCAUCGAGAGCUUCCAGGAGGCCGACUUCGGGGUCCCAUUGAUGAAGAAAUGGCAUUGGCUACUCCAUCUGGCAGAUUUCUUGCAGAGACAUGGGACAUUGCCAUCCACAUUCACCACAGAGCGGAAGCACAAGACAAUUGGCAAGUAUGCCACCAAUUUGCAGAAGACAACUGCUUUCGAAAGCCAUUUGAUGCAGCAGGUCGUGGCCAUGGAGAUCACCACUCUGAAGGAGCCAGGUUUGUUUCCGGACAGCUGCCAGCUCAUAAAGCCAAAGAAAGCCACCAAGCAGCAACUCCAAGUCCUCCGCCAUUUUGUGGAUGGCCCAGCAAAUGAAGCCAUGGUUGCUUCGAGUGCGAAGCUCGCCAGAGGUGGCACCAUUCAUGCCCACGACGUGGUGGUCUUCCACCAGCAAGACGGACGUUGGGAACUCGGCCAAGUCUGCCUCCAUUUGGAAUUGGGUGCACAGAAGCUCACACUUCUCCAACGGUGGACUCCCACGGUGGACAAAGCAUCCCACUCUGCGAAAUGCACCAUCACGAACGAGCAAGGCUUCGUUCCCAUCGAUUCCAUCCAGUACCCACUGCUGUAUAGCAAAGGAUCAGACCAAGAGGCCACAGUGCUCAUCCCGUACCAGCUAUACAGCAGUCUGUGA